GUAAGGCGGCCGGCCGGCGCGGACGUCGCAGCGUCUGCUCCGGUCUCGCCGUGUGUAUCUCGGCACAUACAGCUCGAUUGUUUACGAAAUGAGUGUCGUGUGACGAAUAUGACGAUCGUCCUGGAACGUGUGUGUUGACUGUUGACUCGUCGCCGUGCGACGGUCGACGGGCGACGAGCGACGAUUCGCGGCAUUCGUACGUCUGUCCCUUCGCGUAUAUCAUCGAUGUCGAGCGGAUUCGCCUCGUACAUACAUCCGAGUUCUCGUGUCUGACAAUAUGUACAGUAAAACGCUUGAACGGAUCGGUGAUCUACACACAAACACUCUCUCUUUCUUGCGAGGUGUGAAGUUGGCCGGCGAGCCUCUCUUGCCGCAACGUUCAUACGGUUCAUUGGCGUAUUCCCUCGCGUGACGUCAUCGAAUGUCGGCGGAGUUGUCUUUGCACGUACGAGUUUUUGUGAGUAAUUGCAAUGGGAUAAACGUUCGGACGAGAUAGCGAGAUCGCUCCGUGACGAGCGCGUGUUGUUCUUGCGGGACGACGCAAAAGUCAACUUAAUUCUCAUCGCGCGAAUCAUCCCGGCCAAUGCAUCGCGUGUUAUCAUCGAUGUCGAUCGGUUCGUGUGCGCAGUUACUUCCGAGUUUACGUCUGCGAAAUGUCCCGACGGAAUAUCGAUAUGGAUCACAUCCUCGCGCGGUUGUACGCCCCUUUCGCUACGUGAUGAUAUCGCGCGUGAUAUUGUUGCGAUUAUAAUUAGCGCGCGAUCGUAAUUGAUCUCUCGUUUCGCGAGUGUUGUGUUGACGAUGCGAUCUGAGAGGAGGCGGAGGCCCGGGGGGCAUCGGGCAACGGCGGAAUAACCCUCUGGUAGUUACAAUUCCGCUGCUGCGCGUCGUGAUGUCGGCACCGUACGAGAAUCCACCUCACAUCUAUGGCCUGGCAGAUGAGAUGUUUAGAAACAUGAUGAUUGACAAUGAAAGUCAUUGCGUCAUUAUUAGUGGUGAAUCGGGCGCGGGAAAAACAGUUGCGGCAAAGUACAUAAUGUCUUACGUGGCGAGGGUGAGCGGCGGAGGCAAAAAGGUUCAAAAAGUAAAAGAUGUGAUCUUGGAAUCAAAUCCACUUUUGGAGGGUUUUGGCAAUGCAAAGACAGUGCGAAAUAAUAACAGCAGUAGAUUUGGAAAAUAUGUAGAGAUGCAAUUUGGACCGGGCGGUCAGCCAAACGGUGGUAAAAUUUCCAAUUUUCUUUUGGAGAAAUCGCGAGUAACGUGUCACAAUCCCGGUGAGCGAAAUUUCCACAUAUUUUAUCAGCUGGCAACGGGAGCCAAUGAGGAAAUGAGAUCGGAGUUUGGAUUGACGCACCUCGAUUAUUAUCAGUAUCUGAGUUAUGGUGGUGAUUAUAGGGUAGACGGAACAAAUGAUGCGCGGGAUUUUCAGGAAACUCUGAAAGCCUUGAGUGUUAUGGGAAUAAAAGACGCAGAAGUGACGGAUAUAUUCAGACUGGUAGCUGGAAUUCUUCAUUUGGGAAAUAUACAAUUUGCCGAGAACGGCAAUUAUUCGCAGAUAGCUGAUAAGCAAUUUCUCGAGUUUCCAGCCUAUCUCUUUGGAAUCUCGGCAGAGCAGCUGUCACAUAAAUUGAUUUCUCGAGAAUUCGAGUCAAAAUGGGGAAGUCAAUCUGAAAGCGUGGACGUGACGCUGAAUGUAGAGCAAGCGCUUUAUGCGCGAGACGCUUUGGCAAAGGACAUCUACGCUAGACUUUUCGACUACUUGGUUAAGAAAGUCAAUUCAGCCAUGGAGACAAACACGGACGGAUACGAGAUCGGAAUUUUGGACAUAUACGGCUUCGAGAUCUUCGAGAAGAACGGCUUCGAGCAAUUCUGCAUUAAUUUCGUGAACGAGAAAUUACAACAGAUUUUCAUCGAGCUUACAUUGAAGGCGGAACAGGAAGAAUACGUUUCCGAGAAUAUCAGGUGGACGCCGAUAGACUAUUUCAAUAAUGCCAUCGUGGUGGAGCUUCUCGAGGGCAAGAGGCCACCCGGUCUCUUUCUGGUUCUCGACGACGUAUGCGCGACGCUGCACGGCGGAAGCACGGGUGCCGACGUUGACUUGAAGAAGAAACUAGCUGGAGCGUCUAAGCAGCACGCCCAUUUCCAAGACACCGGUGACGGUUUCGCAAUCCUCCAUUACGCCGGCGUGGUAUCCUACUCUGUUGAUGGGUUCUGCGAUAAGAAUCGAGACGUCCUCUUCUUGGACCUGAUCGAGUUGAUGCAGACCAGCGCGAACUCCUUAGUGCGUGAGCUAUAUCCGCGCGAGAACGCCGGCAAAACGAAGACCCUUAAGUCUAGACCAACCACCGCGGGCAGCAAAAUCAGAAGUCAAGCCAGUCGCUUGGUCGGUCAGCUGAUGAAAUGCACGCCGCAUUACAUCCGGUGCAUCAAGCCGAAUGAAACAAAGAAACCGCGCGAUUGGGAUCAUCUGAGAGUCAAGCAUCAGGUGGAGUAUCUAGGUCUGAAAGAAAAUAUCAGAGUGCGCAGAGCUGGCUUUGCCUACAGAAGGCCGUUCGCCAAGUUUCUGCAUAGAUACGCGAUUCUCACGAAAGAAACGUGGCCCCGUUGGCCCGGCGAUGAGAAACAGGGCACAGAAUGGAUAUUGGGGAGCGUUCACAUCGACCGAUCGCAAUAUCAGCUUGGCAGAUCGAAGCUCUUUAUCAAGGCGCCUGAAACUCUCUUCAUGCUGGAAGAAGCUCGUGACCGGAAAUACAACAUGUACGCGCGAGUCAUUCAGAAAGCCUUUAAGAAGUAUUUCGCCUGGAAGAGGCAGGCGCAGCAGAAACAGGAAGCCGCUGAUCUUUUCUUUGGCCACAAGGAGCGGAGAUGGGCGAGCCUGAAUAGAAAUUUUGUGGGCGAUUACAUAGGGCUGGAAGGCAAACCGCAGACAAUGAGUCUGAUUGGAAGACGGGAGAAAGUGUUUUUCGCUGAAGUCGUGAAAAAAUAUGAUAGAAGGUUUAAGAUGUGCAGAAGAGAUCUCAUCCUCACUGGAAAAUACAUCUAUUUGAUCGGUCGAGAGCAGAUAAAGAAAGGUCCCGAAAAGGGCAAGUCCAUCGAGGUUAUUAAAAGGAAGCUUCCGUUUAAUCAAAUCAGCUAUGUAUCACUGAGCACACUACAAGACAACUUCAUAAUAAUCCACGUAAAGGAGGACUACGCCAGCUUGUUAGAAUUAGUAUUUAAAACGGAGUUUUUAUCUGUCCUUAGCAAAAAGUACCUGGAAGAUAUCGGUCAUCCUUUAAACAUUAGAUUUAGCAACGAUUUGGAGUUCAAAGUGAAGAAGGAAGGUUGGGGUGGCGGUGGAACGAGGCACGUGAAAUUCAUACAAACGGAUUACGGCGAUAAGGAGAUUUUAAAAAUGUCAGGCAAAAUGCUCAGUGUCAGCAUCGGUCCAGGUUUACCGAGCACAUCGAAACUUAAUUCAGACCGAUCGAGGUCAUCCUUUCGUUUGCACAACGUCUCGAGGCCAAUUCGUCCGGCACCGCAAUUAUGCGAUCUAACUCCAGUCCUCGCAACCCAGAAUAAUCAGACGAUUACGACCGGAAGACCUUCUCUUCGUCCGGUAGCUGCAGCAAGAUCCGCGACUCCUUCACGAACGACUUCAAACGGUAGACCGAGUAUUCCACCGAAUCGUCCAAACGUACAACCUGUGCAGUUUCUUCAAAAGGAUAUAAAAAACGGAACGAACAACGUGAACAAAUUGCGGGACAAGCAGACCGCCGCAAUGGGCACGCUUAUCAAUUCCAAUACUAGGCCGCGUGGUAUCCUUAAAUUUCCUCCACCACCCACGGACCCACCACCACCACACCAGUCAACAGGAUUCAGGUUACCACCCCUUAACAGUGAACAUAAUGGCAAAGUUUCUGGUCAUCUCAAUAAAGGAAUGCAAACGUCCCAGGAAUGGAAUGUAAAACAAGUCAACAAUGCACUAGAUCGAGGAAGGAGGAGGGAAGAUAAUGCCGCGUAUGCGGUAGCCAACAAAAAAAUGCCUCCUCAAAAACCGGCGCCUCCGAGUUUACCAAAAGUUAAAUCCUUGUACGAUUAUGAGCCGCAAGAUCUAGACGAGUUAGGACUCAAGGAAGGCGACAUCGUAGAAGUACUCAAAGAACAUGAGGGCGGUUGGUGGCACGGAAGAUUGAAAGGGAAAACGGGUCUUUUCCCUUCCAAUUACGUAGAAAAGAUAUGAAUUCUGUAAUCAAUAGUUACUGAAAAAUUUUGUUGGAUUACGUAAAAUCGAAACGUAACUCAUAAAAAAAUACAUUGUACCUGUUAUUCGCAA